AAGCACAUGCUCAGCAAUGAGUACAGCCGCAAUUGUUACCAAGGCAAAAGCUUUUGUCUGUCUCACCUCAUUUUCGUUGUUGGAAAUUACUUUGGUAACCACCAGCGCAUUACUCCUAUUACUGCCAUUCCCGCCGGCAGCCAAAGCCACAAGCGGCUUACGUGUACCCACCUUCCUGCAGGAGCCACCAUCACGUUUGCUCUUUGGCAAUGACACUGGCAGCCAGGCUAGUUGCACGGCACAUGGCAAUCCACCACCGAUUGUUUCCUGGGUGCUCAGCGAUGGCACAAUGGCCACUCAGGUGCCAGGACUUAGAAAAAUAGCUGGCAACGGAACUCUUUACUUUCCACCAUUUCUGGCACAAUACUAUCGUUCCGAUGUACAUGAGACCAUGUAUCGCUGUCGUGCCACCAAUGAAGUUGGUACUAUAUUGAGUCGGAAUGUGCACGUACAAGCAG